CUACCAAACCACAGCGGACCAUUACGACAGAAUGUCGUCAAAGAACAUGCAAAGAUUUUAUGGCUUACAUUUUUUUGUGAUAGUUUGUUGCUUCAAAAUAGGGAGUGGAACAUGUGACAACUUGGGUAACGUGUAUUAUAUUAGCAACGAAGCUUAUUACAAUUGGUAUGUUGGAAACAGCGAUAGCAACUGGAGCAAUAGCUCAUUUUGGGGAGGUCACGUUCAAAUUCCUUGGAAAGAAAAGAUCAACAAAAAAUGCUCAAAAGCACCAUACCAUUAUUUUGCUGUGUUAAAAGAGGAGCACGUGGAUAUAGCGGAUAUAGGUGAAGAUGUCGUUACAGCGGAAAUUUUCAUAUGGAAUCAGACUGAUGAAUGCAUUAGAAAUUCCACGGUAGAAAUGAGAAAUUGUAAUGGUCACCUUCUAUACAGAUUUACAUGGAACUACGACAUUUACCAAAACACUUUGGUUUGCUUUGAUAGAGUAUAUACGGAUUCUUGCCAGUCAUCAGAGUUUGUUUACUCUGCUGGAAACGUGACAGAUAGGUUCCUAAACUUGUCAUAAUCAUACAUACAGCUUGGAUGGUUAGACGCUCAUCAAAACGGGAAACAGUAUGUGCUGCCUGAUUAUGGCGACGUAAUUGAAGUUUUCGAAGAAUGUGUCGGUAUCAAUAAUUGGUAUCGCGACAUUUUCUUUCUGAAAGAGAGAAUGUCUCUAGAUAUACCAGAGAAUAUUCCUGUCAAGUAUGCACUUUGCUAUGUAUACAAAUACUACAACUACGACUAUGAUUAUUACGACAACUAUAUUGAUGGGGAAUAUUAUUAUGACGAGUAUUGUGA